AUGGCUUCGAAUUUGGAUUGGAAGAAGUUAUUUGGGGGAGUUAAAGAACAAUCCCUAAAUUUCUUUCCACCUGAGGUCGAGGAGGGGAUUUCCAUUGUGAAGCCUCAUUCUACUGUGAUUGACGAGGGAAUUGCUGAAUGGAGAUAUGCAAUUGUCGGACAAUUCACAGGGGUAGCUCCAAAUUUUGGCUCGAUGCAAAGAAUUGCAGAAAUCAUGUGGGGGAAAACCUCGUCUGUAAAGGUCAGUCUCACUGGUUCAAAUCUCUACAUUUUCUCUUUUUCGAAUAAAGAUAUUAGAGAUUGGAUACUCGAGAACGGUCCAUGGCAUAUACAAAACAAGCCGCUUGUAUUGAGAAAGUGGGAGCCAAACUUAGAGAGGCUUGAUUUUGAUUUUAAGCAUAUCUCGAUCUGGAUCCAGCUGUAUAGUGUACCCCUGGAACUAUACACUAGGCUGGGCCUUAUCUACAUUGUUAGUGCUAUAGGGCACCCAUUGUAUAUGGAUUCUAUCACCGCAUCUAAAGAGAGGCUGGAGUACGUUAAGGUAUGCGUGAAAAUUGGAGUAGGUGCUGAGAUCAAUGAGCUUAUCCAAGUUGUGCUGAAUGAUGGAACUGUAGUGAGAGUCAGGGUUUAUGUUCCAUGGCUGCCUAAGUCCUGCACGAGAUGUAAGGUCUUUGGACAUCAUUAUAAUGCAUGUGCAGAGGUUAAGGGAAAAGAGGCUGGCUCUUCUACUUUUCCUAGUUCUUUCAGUUCUGAUGCUAGGAUUGAGUGCCCUGGUAGUACUGAGCUACAGAUCAUGCUCAGCUGGAUCAAGCCCUCUAGUAAAAUGGAAUUAUUGGCAGCUGGUGGAGGUUGUGAUAGUGUCAGGAAGCCCCAAGCAGCUUCUUUGGGGGUUACUAUGAUGCUCAAUGAGAUUAAAACUAAGAAAAAUGACAUGGGUGAGAAGGCUAAGACUAGAAUUAGAAGUAUAAAUGCUCCCAAGCUGUCUGCUGUUAUUUUAGAUGACUGGAAUUAUGAUACAAAUUACCAGUUCAUUGAUGGUGGUAGACUUUGGAUUUUGUGGAAGAAGGGUAUGCCCUUCACUGUGAUUAGAGGCUGUGACCAGACCCUGACCAUCAUGGGUGAUAUUGCUGGCCACAGUGUGGUUGUUACUACACUAUACGGAAUCAACAAUAGUCAAGCAAUGAGAGGCCUUUGGGAUUACUUGAGGACUUUGGAGGAAGAGAUAGGCUCUAAGUCUUGGGUGAUUGGGGGUGACUUCAAUGUAAUUGCUAAAAUCCAAGAGAGUUCUGGUUCUACUUCCUUGGAUUCCUUUUCUUCACCAUAUAUGGAAGAAUUUAAAGAUUGUAUUGAAGAUAUGGAGAUGCUGGACCACCCUUUUACUGGACCACUUUUCACUUGGUCAAAAAAGCAAGAGCAAACUUAUUUAGCUAAGAAAUUAGACAGAAUUCUCAUCAAUUCUCAAUGGUUGUUUGACUUCCCAGACUCCUAUGCAGAAUUCAAAGCUCCUGGAGUUUCAGAUCACUGCCUUGGGAUUCUUUGGACACAGAAAGCAGCUCAGGUCCAUAAACCAAAGCCAUUUAAGUUCUUUAACUACUGGACUACAAAUGAUAAUUUUCUGAGAGGUGUUAAGGACUCUUGGCUUGUACACAAUGAUGGUAAUGCCAUGCAGGUGUUGUUUAACAAGAUGAAAAGAUUAAAGCCAAUCUUGAAAGAGUUAAACAAAAAUUACUUUUCUGAUAUUUCUGCUAGGGUUGUUGCUAAGAGGGUUGAAUUAGAAGCUAUUCAACUCUCUAACCUAGCUGGUAUUAAUCAAAUUGGAGUGGAGGUGGAAAAGAAGACCCAGGCAGAUUUAGUGGACCUUAAAAUGGCAGAACUGGAAUUUUACAGACAAAAAGCAAAGAUACACUGGUUGCAAGAAGAUGACUUAAAUAGAGAAAUCAAGGAAGCUGUGUUUAGGCAAGGGAAAGACAAAAGUCCACGGUCAGAUGACUAUACCUUCUGGUUCUUCAAGGUUGCUUGGGAAAUUGUGCACAAAGACUUCCUCAAUGCAGUGAGGUGCGCAAUUAAAGUGGAUCUGCAGAAAGCUUUUGAUUCUGUUAGCUGGGAUUUUUUGCUUAAUGUUCUGGGAGAAAUGGGGUUGCCUACUAGAUUUUGUAACUGGAUCAAAAUAUGUGUUACUACCCUCAAAUAUUCAAUUGCUCUGAAUGGAAGCCUUGUUGGGUUUUUUAGACGUGCUAAGGGUGUUAGACAAGGGGACCCUUUGUCCCCUUAUAUGUUUAUGAUAGUCAUGAAUGUGCUAUCCAAUCUGCUUGAUGUUGCAGCCAAAAAUUGA